UUUUUAGGGCUAGAAAGCGAGAGAGGUCUGGCGCUGCGCAUAGCAGUCGUGCCAUCGGGAAAAGACAAUAUCAUACGCGCGCAAGAGGGACACAACAGAGACCCUCAGGCAUAAUAGCUCAAGUGGUCGACUGAGAGAGUGAGCGGCAGGCUAACACGAGAAGCGGACAAAGAAACGGGAUCAUUUAAAAUAAGGAUCAGCUGUUUUCCUCAUGUUCGGAUGUGUCUGUUCAAUACUUGUUAAUGCGUAACGCUCAACACUCCCUCAUAUGAGGGUGUAGAAUGGAAACAACCCUCUACCAAGGCGCCGUGGUGAAUACUCCGAGGGUUUCCAGCAUCUACUCCCAGAGCACGAUGAUGAAGAAGGAAAUUAAUCUGAACCUGGACGACCAGAACUCCGAGCUCAAAUCAAACCCGCUCCGGGACACAGACGGACUUCUCAACUCCCCCGACUUGGGACUCUUGAAACUAACCUCUCCGGACCUGGAGCGCCUUAUCAUCCAGUCCAACGGUCUGGUCACGACCACCAACCCGACCUCCCAGUUCCUCUACCCGAAGUCGGCCAGCGACGAACAGGAAUUCGCGGAGGGCUUUGUCAAGGCGCUGGAGGAUCUUCACAAGCAGAACCAGCUGAGCGAGGCGGGGUGCGUCUCCGUGGAUAGACUGGAGCUCCUCGGAUCGUCCAACGCAGCCGUCUCGGCCGGGCUUCAGGCGUCAGACCUUCCGGUGUACACUACUUUGAACGGCUAUGCGGCCAGCCCGCUCGGAGCCACCACCAUCAACUACUCCACGGACACCAUUCCCUUCCCGCCGCCUCCGUCUCAUCUGACCAGCGCGCAGCAACAGGCGGCCGCUGCGGCGGCUCUGUCACGACUCCAGUCGGUCGGCGGGGUGAAAGACGAGCCCCAGACCGUACCAGACAUGCAGAGCUUCGGGGACAGCCCUCCCCUGUCUCCCAUUGACAUGGACAACCAGGAGCGCAUCAAGGCGGAGAGGAAGAAGCUGCGAAACAGGAUAGCCGCCUCCAAGUGUCGCAAGAGAAAACUGGAGAGGAUCUCCAGGCUGGAGGACAAGGUCAAGACCCUAAAAACGCAGAACACCGAGCUGGCAUCCACGGCCAGCGUCCUCAGGGAGCAAGUGGCCCAGCUCAAGCAGAAGGUGAUGAACCAUGUGAGCAGCGGAUGCCAGCUUUUACCAAACCAGGUCCAGGCUUACUAAAGUCCCAGGAAAGGUGAUCUUAACUGACGUUUAUACAGCUCUUAAUGUUCUCAAGAAUACAGGCCAGCAUUAUCAGGAACACUUGCGUUCUGUAUCCUAAAUCCUUAUCAGACACUUUAAUGCGAGGUCAUUGUAAAUGCACCAUCCAGAUAAAAGGCAGUAAUGGAGAAACAAAACAGACUGCACUGUACAAACAGCAGGCCUAGAUAAGAUCUGCCAGUUAACUGGAAAAAUAAAAAGGUGAAGCAGCAGCAGGUAUGGACCGCCGCCUGUUUUGGUUCAUGAACAUCUUGCAGUGUUGCGCAGACACUAUAAUAGUGGGGAAGCCAUGUAGCAAACCGUUAUCCAUUGGACUGCUAGAGGAUAGCAUUUAUCUGCGUGUAAGCUGGACAAUCUCAACAAGGGUGCAACCAAACACCAGGGUGUCACCAAGUGCUGUCACCCACUGAGUAAUCUAACGCCUUACUUGUUUACAAGCACUUAGUAAUGACAAAUAUAUAUAUAUUUUAUAUUUCUUGUUUUACAUAUGGUCUUAUUUCCCUUUGUUUUGCAAAACUGAACACUGCAUGUGUCGUCGCUUUUGUGUACAGUAACCAUUGUAUUUUCCAUUAUGGCUGCUGUGUUGUUCUUCAGUGGCCAAAUGUCCAUGAAUGUAUUUGUACGUGCUGAGAAACCCCAUGUAUCCAUGUGUAAUGGACAAGUCUCUACCUGUAUUAAAUUCACUACAUUAUAAA